AUGGCGGCACUCAUGGCGCAGCGCAAGCAGCUCUUGGCCGCGGCCCCGGCGCGUGCGCGCUGCUCGGCAGUUGUCUGCAGGGCCACGGCUGCCCCGGAGGAGCGCCCCAAGGUGCAACAGCUGCUGCUAUCGGGUGUCGUCGCCUCGGCGAUCCUGCUGGGCAGCGCCGCUGCCCCUGAUGAGGCCUUCGCCGCCGCACGAAGCGGAGGCCGCGUGAGCGCCAAUGGCUUCGCCAAGCGGCGCGCAGGCCCCGAGCCCCCCAGGGCGGCGGCAUCUGCUUCCGCCUCCACCUCCACCUCCAGCACCAACACCACCGUCAUCAACAACAACACGACCGUCAUCGCCGCGCCCCCGCCGGUGGUGGUGGCGCCGCUCUUCCCGCCGCCGCUCUUCUUCCCGCCACCCAUCGUGCCCAUCCCGGUGCCUGUCCCCGUCCUCUCGGCGCCUGCGCCGGCCCCGGCGCCGGCCCCGGCACCCACCGUGGUGGUUGUGGAGGUGCCAGCUGCGCCCGCGGCGCCCGCCCUGGUGAGCCCCACCAGCACCGCCUCGGCCGUGACGAUCAGCGUCCCGUGA